UGGAACCUAAAAAUAGAGGAAAGAACAUAUAUUGUUAAAACAAUUAAAUACUGAAUGUGAAUUUAACCACAAGGUACUUAAUAUAAUGAUUCAUUUGUUUUUUCUUUGACAGAAAGGAUUCAUCAGAAAAUUUGUUGUAAACAAGAAGUACUAAAGAUUUUCAUUUUAUUUAAUUUACUAAAAACUUUUUUUCACUGAAAGAAUGAUAUUCCAAACUUAUGAUUCCAAUAUUUAAAAACUGACUCUUGUUUAUAUAAAUGUGUCUUAAUACAUCAUGUUUGGUAAAUUUGUUACAAAAUUAAUACAAUCAUUGCCAACAUGGGAAGUAACUAAAUAUUAUGGGAGAGUGUGUAUAUAUCAAUUAAAAUGUUUAAAAUAUAGAGUUCAAACAAGUGAAGCAUGGUUUAAUUUUAAAUGCAAAUUUAUGCCAGGUAGCUUGCGUAAAGAAAUAGAAUGUGAAGAUUAUGUUGAACCCAAAGUUAGCAGUAAGUCUAAACGACAGAAAGAACAACCAAAAGUGUCAUCUGAGACAGAAUCGCAAGAUAAAGUUCAAUAUAAUGCAAAGGAUCAUAAAAGCUUACCAACUUCACUCAAGAAAUUAAAAGAUAAUUACAUUAUUGAUGAAUUAAUAGAUUCAAAAAAGCAGAAAAAGCAAGGAAAGAAGGGAUAUCAAGAAAAUAACAAAUAUCCUAUACAUGAAGAUUAUGUGACAAAGAAAGAAAGAAAAGUACAAUUUAAUUAUAAUCUUUACUAUUAAUGAAUUCUUCUUCUUUUAAUGAAAAAUUUUAAUUGCAGGUAAAACGUGCUCAAUGAUUUUCAUGGUAGAUUAGAAGAAUUCUUAGUUUGGAACCUCUGCGACAUUCUCUCAAAAUUACAAAAAAGUUUCAGAAACGUUUAUCUUUUAUUAAUUGUAUUUGUAUAAAAUAUUAAAUAACGUUUAAUAUUUGAAAAUAAUGAAGGUACUGACCAUA